AUUAUGUCAGUACAAUUUUAAACAAUCACGAGUGAUAACAUAAAAAUCAUCAGCUUAAGCAAACAAUGAGCCCGUUUACGAUUGCUGCUAUUCUUUCCACUUUGGCUUUGUCUGUCAAUGCCGGUUUGGCGCCAGUUGCCCCCGUUGCUGCAUCAUUAACAUAUGCUACUGCUCCUUACGCUGCUCCGUAUUUUGCGGCUCCCGCCGCCUACACAAGUCCCUUUAUUGCUAAAACUUUUGCUGCUGCCCCUGCUUUCGCCGCACCGGCACCUUAUGUAACUGCACCGGUUGCCAGAGCUUUUACUGCCGCCCCCGCAUCCGUGAUCGCCACUAAUCCUGCUUCAAUUGUCGUUAAAGCCGCGCCCGUUUUAGCUGCCCCUUCAGCUCCUUUAGUUGCGGCUGCCCCAGCUCCAGCAGUUUUGGCCAAAGCGGCCCCAGUUGUUGCAGCCCCAAUUGCAGCUGCACCACUUAUAACAAAGGCCGCUCUUGCUGAACCUGAAGUUGUAGAUGCUCAUCCGCAAUACAAAUUCGCCUACGAUGUUCAGGAUACUUUAACCGGCGACUCUAAAACUCAAGAAGAAAGCCGUGAUGGUGAUAUAGUGCGCGGAUCUUAUUCUCUUAUUGAACCUGAUGGCUCUCGACGCAUUGUCAACUACUACGCUGAUCCUGUCAAUGGUUUUAAUGCCGUCGUUCAAAAGGAUGUGCCUGUAGCCGCCGUAGCCCCGAUUGUUGCUGCCAAAACUAUAGCUGCACCGCUCGCAGCUGCACCAGCUCCUUUAGUUGCUGCUGCUCCAGCUCCGGUUGUUGCCAACACAUUCAACGCUCCCAUUGUUGCCUAAAUUUAACUCCUACACAAUCGAUCAAUUAUUAGUGAUGAGAAAUCGUAGCUAACACCAGCAUCCUAACCAUUUAUACUUUUGUGCUGUCUUGUCUGAUUCCAAAUUACUUAUACUUAUAAAUCUUCUUAUGCACCGCCUCUCUAUUCCUUGCCAUCGAAAAUAAACAUCGCUUUAAGUAGGAGAAACUAGUCAUUUUUAUGGAUCAAAUUAACCCUUCGACCGAUGCUGGUAAACAAGAGCAACUGCUAAGCGAAGUCUCAUUGUAUAUAAUUAUACUUAUUGCUGCUUCUUGUAGAAAUUUACUUUCAUCAAUAUAACAAAAUAAAAAAAUUAAGAUAAAAAGGCAAAAAA